AUGUCACCUGCUGUGACACCUGUGCUGUGCUGUGACAAAAGGGAGGGGGGGAGGAGGAAACCCCGUGCUCCGCUACAAUCGAGUGAUGUAGGGUACCCCAAUAAAAGAAACGCUAUUGAUAUUGUCAGUCCCCUCCCAAAAACAGCAGCGGGUAAUAAGUACGUGGUGGUUUUGUCAGACUACUUUUUGAAGUGGGUAGAAGUAUUUGCCAUACCCGAUGGAACAGCAUCUACUGUUGCUAGGGUCAUAUUCGAAGGCUGGUUCGCCUUCAAUACGAGUGAGCACUUUACCACCAAAUUCACCCCCUACUUUAUUAUGCAUGGGCGUGAGGCUCGGUUGCCGGUAGAACUCAUGUUUGGCAUCCCCUCUGCAGUAUCUGCUCAAGUACAGGAGUACGUCAGGGAUAUGGGAAAGAGAGGAGAACCCUGUGCCUCCAGUUCCGCUCCGACGUCCGCAGCCUCUGAUGACGGUGGAGACGACACUGUCUGUGAACAAACCAGGCCGGAAGACGUCCCGGUGGGCAGCGCAGCCCAGCCCGGUGAACAGACCGAGGUGGCAGCCCAGGCCGACGGCAAGGACCUCGCACCCGUGGCCCAGCAGAACUCCGGACCUGUGCCCCAGCCAGAUGCUCCCCUGCUAGCAGACGUGUCCCUGCCGAACGCUGGACCUGUACCCCAGCCGGAUGCUCCCCUGCCAGCAGACGAGGCCCAGCAGGACGAGGCUCCCGUGGCCGUGGAUGAGGGCACCACCGACGAGCAGACUGACAGUGCACGUGACGCGACCGGCGACGGUGGAGAUGGCGACCACAGCGACGAUGAGGAAGGCCCUUCGUCGCAACCACGCCGCUCCAGCAAUCCACCAGAACGCUACGGACUCUAUGUUAUCCUGAAGCCUAAGAAGAACACGGUGUGUAAAGUUGUACUGACUGCGACAAACAACAACCCGCCACCAGCCAACAACGCACCACCACCCAACAACGCACCACCAGCCAACAACGCACCACCAGCCAACGCACCACCAGCCAACAACGCACCACCAGCCAACAACGCACCGCCAGCCAACAACGCACCACCAAACAACGCACCACCAAGUAACGCACCACCAAACAACGCACCAUCAGCCAACAACGCACCACCAAACAACGCACCACCAAACAACGCACCACCAAACAACGCACGACCAAGCAACGCACCACCAAACAACGCACCACCAAACAACGCACCACCAAACAACGCACCACCAGUCCAGAACGUCAUCCAGCAACCGGCCAAUCCUCCGCUCGCUCUUGUUCCUCCUGUCCCAUGA